CAGGAGGAGGACGGUUGCCGUGGAGACAGCGGGGGCGGGGCCCUCACUGGCUAAGGAGCGGCGCGGGCUAAUGACGCACUGCGCAGGGGCUUGGCAGGCCGCUGUAUCGUUUGCGCUGGGAUGGAGCCUGAACAGUUGUUUCGGAAGGUGUCGGCUCUGCAGGCCUGUGUCAGGGGCUUCUUGGUCCGACGCCAGUUCCAGAGUCUGCGAGCUGAAUAUGAGGCUACUGUACGGGAGAUCGAGGGUGACCAGGGCAUGGUGCAGUGGACUGAGGGCUGGAUUCCCAGGCCUCAGUUUCUCCCAGAGAAGGUAAAAUCCCAUCGGACCUGGAAAGCAGGAGAGAGGGUGACAAAUCCAGAGAAGGAACUAGGGAGCCACUUUCCAUGUAAAGAGCCUGAGGAGAUGGUGCUGAAGAAGUCAGGAGAGAGCUCAGCAAACCCAGGAAGUCUUCCCUGCCGAGAAGACAACCCCCUGCUUCAGGAUGAGCAGAGCAGGAAAACCAGCCAUGGGGAAACCAGAGACUCAUCAAGGACGGGGAACCCAGAAACCACAGAUCCAGGACUGCCCUACAGCCAACUUGACCUCCAGGAGGUCCAGCACCUCCGCAGCCACUUGGCCAUGGAAUUGCUAUGGCUGCAACAGGCCAUCAGUAGCCGUAAGGAGUACCUAAUUCUCAAACAAACACUGAGCUCCCCAGAGGCAGGCCAGACCAGAGAUGGGCCCACUGUGUGCCCAAACCACUUGGGACAGGCCUGUGAGAGGUCCCACACACAACCAAGCCCACCACUGGAGGACCAUUCCUACAGAGACAGGACCACCAGAGAGCUAGACCAUGUGGAUGACUCCUGCUGGAGGGUCAAGUCACAAUCCCACAAAUCUCCAGAAAGUCUGGUUGUCACAGAUAAAACCACUGUUGGGGCCAAGUACAGGGAACCAAGAUACAGGAGAGCUGGUUCACAGCUGCCCACACCAUCAGACAAUCAGGCCACAGGAGACAAGCUCACCAAAGAGCCAGACCAUGGAGAACAGGCCUCCAGAGGGACCUGUCUGAAGCUGAUGAAAUACCCUGAGGACCAGACUCCCAGAGGCCUCAAGCCCAGGGGCCAUUGUUCUGAGAAGACCAGGACACAGCUGCUCAUGCUUCCUGAGAAGCCGGCUAUUAAGGACAAGUCUCCCAGAGGGCCAGACUACCAAGAGCCUGACUGCCAGAGUGCUGGAGCACAAGAAUCAGGCCUCUCAGAGGACCGCAUCAUCUGGGAUGGAAACCUGGCAGGGCCGGAGCAUAGUGGCCUGGAUCUCUGGAGAACAAAACCACCCAAGGGCCAGACCCCUAGUGAUAGAACCUCCAAAGAUGGACUCUCCAAUGAGCCUAGCCAUGAAGGAUGGACAAACCAGAGGACUGAACUAUGGAGAUCAAGGCCAUCUAAGUACCUGUCAUCCACAAGAUCAGACCAUACAGGAGAGGACCACCAGCAGGGCAGGCCAUGGAAAACAGGACCACCGGGCUAGACCCUGGGGAGCUAGGGAGGACCAGUUUCCAGGGGGAUGCUAUGAAAGUGUGAUGAGUGAGACAGGCCUCAUCCUGGCUGCUGGGCACCAUCUCUCCCUCCUUCCCUGCCCCUGGCCAUUGGUGAGGCCAUGAGGAGGUGGAGCAAGAGCUGGCACCAGUAUGGGGAGAGAAGGAUACCGUUUCAUGCUCUGCCUGUGGCUCAGUUCAAAUAUGAGAACAGGGAAUUACCCGGGGAAAGUAAAGUG